AUGGUGCGCUUGAGCGUUGUUGCAGCCCUGUUUGCUGCAGUGGCCAACGCGGUUGACUUUAAUAAGGUCAGCGAGGGAUACGGGCGUUUACCAGGCGCUUAUAUCUUUGAAUUCGAAGAUGAUCAUGAUUGCGCCGACUUCUUCGCCAAGGCUUCAACAGCCGGAAAGACUCGCAUCAAGUACAACUACAAGCUCUUCAAAGGAGCGUCUAUCCAACUGAACGACAUCGACAAUGCCGAGGAUAUUUCCGCAGAGAUGGCUUUGAUGCCUGGUAUCAAAAAGAAGUGGCCCGUCCAGGUGUUUAGUCUGCCCAAACCAGAGGUCCACUGGACGGGUACACCGGGAAUGGAGUACACUGCCGUUCAAAAGGAGGACCUCCAAGAGAGAGAUCUUUCGAAUGAUACAUAUACACCUCAUGUCAUGACACAGAUUGAUAAGCUGAGGGAUGAGGGCGUCACGGGCAAGGGGCUCAAGGUUGCCCUUGUUGAUACUGGUAUCGAUUAUAAACACCCGGCUCUCGGAGGCUGCUUCGGUCCCAAAUGUCUCGUCUCUUUCGGCACUGAUCUUGUAGGCGACGAUUACGAUGGCUUCAGCCAGGCCAAACCCGACAACGACCCUAUGGACUGCGCAGGCCACGGCACCCAUGUCGCUGGUAUUCUCGCAGCGCAGAAGAACUCUAUGGGUUUCACAGGCGCUGCACCCGGAGUGAAACUCGGAUCAUAUCGCGCAUUCGGUUGCACUGGCGAGGCUGGAAACGAUGUCCUCAUUGCAGCAUUCAACCAAGCCUAUGAAGACGGCGCAGACAUCAUCUCUGCAUCCAUCGGUGGCCCAUCUGGUUGGUCCGAGGAGCCUUGGGCUGUAGCUGUGUCUCGCAUUGUCGAGCAAGGCGUCCCUUGUGUUCUCGCUGCUGGAAACGUAGGCUCUGCUGGUCUAUUCUAUGCCAGCACGGCAGCGAAUGGAAAGAAGGUCUCUGCAGUCGGAUCCUUCGACAACAUCAAGUCUCUGUCAUUGCUGAAUGCCUCAAGCUACACCGUCGACGGCGGCUCUGAGCAUGAGUUUGGACACUUGGCUGGUAAGCCGAGUGCUUGGAAGGACGUCAAGCUUCCUCUGUGGGCGCUCAACUAUGACACGGGUGUCCACGACGAUGGCUGCGAUGCGUUUCCCAAAAACACACCUGACCUGAGCAAGUACAUUGUUCUUCUCCGACGAGGCUCCUGUACAUUCAAUGCGAAAGCUGCCAACGCGGUAAAAGCGGGCGCAGAGUACAUUCUGUUUUACAGCAACAAGGAGGACCUGUCACCUUUUGACGUGUCUUCUGUCGAGGGUGUCAAGGCGGCCAGCAUCGUAUCGCCAGAACAGGGCAAGGAAUGGAUCGAUGCCCUCAAGAGCAAGAAAAAGAUCGUUCUGAACAUGUCGGACGGCAGCAACGGCGAUGUCAUCGUCGAACAAAACCGCAACAAUAUCACUGGCGGUGCUGUCAGUGCGUUUUCCUCAUGGGGUCCCACAUGGGAGAUGGAUGUGAAGCCACAGUUUGGUGCCCCUGGUGGUAUGAUCCUGUCCACGUACCCGCGCGAUAUGGGAAGCUAUGCCGUCUUGUCGGGUACAUCGAUGGCCUCGCCUCUCGUAGCUGGCAUCGUGGCUCUCAUCGCCGAAGUCAGAGGCACCCGCGAUCCAGCCCUCAUCGAAAAUCUCUUGUCAGCCACUGCUAACCCGCAGUUGUUCAACGACGGAAAGGCGUUUUAUGAGUUUCUUGCGCCUGUUCCCCAGCAAGGUGGCGGUCUCGUGCAGGCUUAUGAUGCCGCCCACGCAAAAGUCCUCUUGUCCCCUUCGAGCCUCUCGUUCAACGACACAGACCAUUUCCCUGACUCGUUGAACUUUACCCUCAAGAACACGGGCAAAAAGCAGAUCGACUUGCAAAUCUCUCACGUCCCUGCCGUCACCAUGUUCACGCUUGUCAAAAACACCAUGUACCCAGAUGAUUUCCCCAACGACUUUGCGACAGAGCAAGCCAGUAUCAAGUUCAGCGAAUCCAAGGUGACGAUCGACGCUGGCGAAAGCAUUGUCAUCGAAGUCCUCGCUACUCCUCCCAAGGGCCUUAACGAAACUCGUCUGCCCGUGUGGUCUGGGUACGUAGCCAUCAACGGAACUGACGGCACCUCUCUCUCACUGCCGUACCAGGGCCUCAGUGGUUCCCUGCAUAAGUCCAAGGUUCUCGGUCCUCACGACACGUGGAUCGCCAACUCAACCGAUAAGAACCGCUUCCCCAUGCCUGCCAACACAACAUGGACCCUCCCCAAGCCUGGCACAGCCAACAACCAAACUGACACUUUGCCUGGCCUGACGUGGUUCCUUGCUCUCGGUUCAGCCAAGCUGCACGCCGAGAUCAUCCCCGUCACCACCGAAAAACCAUCCGGCUCCAACAAGGCCCGCGUUAUCGGUGAACCCGCCGACUUCCCAAUGCUGUGGAACGCCAUGGGUGCAAACUCCAAAGCCUUCACUGGUGAGCUUGCGGACGGUACCUUUGCGCCUGCAGGACAGUACGUUGUCCGAUACAAGGCGCUGCGAAUCUUUGGAGACGAGAAGAAGAAAGAGGAUUGGGACGAAUCGUAUUCGACUGUGUUUGGGAUUGAGUAUAAGAAGUAG